CCGCCGCUGGACGAUGUCAGUCUCGCGGCGCUUGCGCGGCGAGAGAUUAGCGGACCGGCGGUGAUGUAUCGGCGAUUUCAGCCGACUCCACUGAUCCACCGAUCCACCGAACUCUCAUCUCGACUUUGCACAAUCGCCACCCACCAUGCCUCUCUCGCUCGCCCUCCGCUCUCUCCGCACCCUCCGCGCCUCGGUCUCCCUUCCUCUUCGCCUCCGCCCCCUCCCCUCCCGGGCAUUGAGUACGGCAGGCCCGCGCAUGCGUGAUUUCAACCGCCCCGGCCCCCCCGCCCUCCCCGCCGCCGAGCAGGCCGAGUUUGAGCGCCUGCAGAAGGCCGCUGAGGUCGCCGUGCCCGCGGGUCUCGAGGACGCGUCGCCUGAAGAGCUUCUCAAGGCCGUGGACGAGCUGUCGCACCGCGACCUACGGAGGGGCGCCGCGCCGCUUUUCGAGGGCGACACCAACCCGCAGACGGGCGAGGUCGGGGGCCCGAAGCGCGAUCCGUUCCAGGCUACGUCGGAAGACUGGGCUUUCGGAGGGCGCGUUACGGACUUCUGAUUCCUCUACACGACUAGAGAGCACCUCUAACACCCCACAUCUGUAACGCCUGUACUCGCGCCAUGAUAAUUGGUACAUGCUG